CAUGAAGUUAUAUUAUUGACCGAAAUUAAUCAUGAAGUUUGCAAGAAUUGUACAGAUCUAACCAAAUUCCCACAAAGAUUAGCGAUUAGAAACAUGGGUAAUCAGACGGUGGCUCAACACUACAACCAUCGAGUAGACAUGCUUCUGGGACUAACUCUCUUCGCUAUGGCCCUAUUUGGGCUGUUCGGUAACGGAUUCGUCCUGUACGUGCUGGCGAGGAAGCUGAAGCGCCGCAUCAACUACCUUACAACUCUAGUGCUCUUUCAAUUGGCUCUGACCGAUUUCAUCGGAGUGAUCCCGACCUCCUUCAUCGGAUACUGUCUCCUUCAGGGCAGGGACUUCCCGUCCCCAACCACCACUGUCACCAUCAUUGAGAACGUUAUAGGUUGGUUGGGCAUAGCCAUGCCUCUUGCUUCCAUCUACAUCGUCACUAUCCUGAGCUUUGGGCGCUGCAUCGCCAUAUACCGGUCCUUCGACUAUCCAGUGGUGAUGUCAGAGAGAAACAGCUCUAUAAUGUGCUCAGCAGCGUGGCUGCUGGCUUUUGCAGUGGCCUGUUUGCCGUACUACGGCGGCUACCAGUACGUGUACGACCCUCACAUCUGCUUCAUGUACACCAGCCUCAGCAAAACCUUCCCCAACUUCUCCGAGUACCAGCUCCACGUGGUGUACAUUGUGAUAAACGUCUUGCUGGUCAUCCUGCCCGCCCUCUUUAUGAUAUCCUGCUGUGCUGCUGUCAUCAUUCGACUCAAGAUCAAGGCUCACAAGGCCUCUAUGGAGGACAACAAGGAUGCAGCAAUGGCCCAUGCUGCGAAUACCGUUCUACUCAUAACGGUAGCUUUCAUAGUGUGUUACGGUCCUUACUUUAUCAACACCCUCAUCAACCUCCUGGGUCGCUUCGACGCUAUCGAUAAGGACUGGAUGAUGGUUAACCUGGGGCUACAGCCCUUUGUGUACGUCACAAUAGUGGUGCACUUCCUCUGCAUUGCCCUCAACAGCUGCAUCAACCCCUGCAUCUACUACCUCAGAGCUAAAAAGUUCAGAGAGGACAUGGCCCUGUCCGUCCGGAGGAAGAUCAAGAGGUUCUCAACCAGCUUCACCAGGAUGAGCAGCUUCAACAUGACCUCCACUAGAGGUGACGGCGGUACUUCCCCAAUCCACUUCAACGGUGAGAGAAGGUACACGACUGCUUUAAAGAUGAGCAAUGGAAACGGUAAAGUUCUAUACCGUCAGCUCACUACGGAAAUGAGACCUCCCUCUAUAGGCAUGCAAGAGACCAAACAUUGAGGAGAUCCUUUACAGGACAGUAAACCUGUUACUAGUUACCCCGAUUUGACUGGUUCUAAGAAGUUGUGUUAAAGCCAAAAUAACGUCAGCAGACAGAGGUAGAGACUCGAGAGUGACGGAAUAAAGACCGAGUUGUGCGGGAUUUAGUCAAUGCUAACGUUGGAGGAAGGAUGUUGAAAAUAAAAGACUUGAGUUUCAGACUUUUGUUUAAUUCCCUAACAGACUCCUUUUUCCCUCGAUCAUUGAUAUUUGUGCUAAUUUAAGUCUUCGAAUUAUGAUGAACAUUAGUCGAUGAUGAUACAUAUUGUGAGAUUUAGAACGCUGUAAACAUAGGUAGCUAUAUAAUCUAGAUACAUAUCUUUUAGUUAUAUCACGAAUGCCCCACGAUUUCAACACUGCCUAAGAAAAUCUUUGAAUUAAACGUCCACUAAAUGACAACUGUGCUGGCAUGAACUCAUGUGGCUAUCAUAAAACUUGUG